AUGAACCAUGAAUCUCUCUCCCACUUGCAGCCUUCACAUCAACCUUCAUUUCUCCCAACUUCCGAGCGGUGGCUGCCAGCGCCGUCAUCAAGUUUGAGGGAUUCAUUUCCCUCCUCGACAAGGCUCCGUCCGCCGAUCGAGCGGAAGGAGACGUCGGCGACCAUCACCUUCGCGUCUCUGGUGGCGUCGGUUCAGGUCAUCGCUGACGGGGGAAUGAACAGCUUGUGGCAGUGUGGAGGCGGGGGUUGCGUCAGGUGGUCGGCGGAGGCCGGGGACGAGGUGGGUGCAACUGUGUGGGCGUCAAUUGGACAAGCAGGGCACGCGUCGACGUCGGGGCUGGUGGCCGGCAGGCGGCAGAUCUUGUGGCCGACAGUCAUUGGCCGCAUGAGAUGCUUGUUGAGUGAACUGCUGGGCUGCUCCAGCUGCAAUGACGUCUGCGAUCAUUUUCCGAGCUCAUCCUUAGACAACUUGAUGAGUUGUGGCUCUCCCCGCUCGGCCAUGCUUCUGGGUGCCUACACUAAUGGGACCAACGUUGGAUCUGGCUGCACCUGGACUGAAAAUAUGACCUCUUGGGUCGUUUGGGCCUCCGAUAGGAUAGUUGACUUAGCUACCCAUGAUGCCCGUCCGGAAGACCUGCACUGCCCUAGGCGCCAGACUUGUCAGAUGUGUGUUGAGAGAUACCGUGGUGACAAUCUUAUAAGUCGAUUACCCGAUGACAUACUCCUUGUUAUCCUGUCUUUCCUCACAUUGAAAGAAGCUGGGCGAACAAGUGUUCUUUCAUCUCGUUGGAGAAACCUGUGGAGUUACACCUUACAUCUCAACUUUGAGGACCAUAGCUCGAUGGAGAAGAUCGUCUGGGAUUCAGAAUUUCGUGGUGCGAGUGUUGAGAGGGAAAAGUACGUAAAGUGGGUGGAUUCGGUUCUCCAAUCACACCGAGGGUCCACCGUGAAAGAAUUAAGAAUACGCUUUAGUUUAGUCAAAUCAGCAAGGAAGUCCAUUACGAAGUGGCUUGAAUUUGCUUUUGAGAGGCACACUGAAAAGUUGGAGUUGAACCUUUCAGAUGGUGAUUGUGGUCAGGCCGCAGCUGAAUCGUACGUGUUUCCUCAAGAGUUAUGCGGAAAUAUCAACUGUAAAUCCAUAAAAAUGUUGCACUUGGGCAGUAUUCAAGUCUCUGGUGAAACUAUUGAGUUUCUCUUACGUGGCUGCCCAUUGCUCGAGCAGUUAAUUCUCCGUUCCUCCAAGUGUUUGACACGUCUUGAAGAGCUUCUAUGGAUGAUCAAAUUCCCCAUGAUGCCUAAACUUAAGAAGUUGGUCAUCAUUGAAGGUUUACUUGGUGUGGACUCGAGUCUUCUUGGCCUAGCUAAUUUUAUUAGUGCAUCUCCCAACCUGCAAGAAUUUGAGAUACGGGUUGGUCUUUGUAUAUAUUAUCCCUGCUAUCUCCAAUCGUGGUUUAAACCUGAUAUGUCAAACAACGAAAUUCAGAAGGGAUUGAAGCACUUCCCACUGCACCAGAACCUGAAUGUUUUUCGGUUUUUAGGUUAUUAUGGUUGCCCGAGUGACGUUGAACUAGUCAACUACUUGUUGGAGAACUGUGUUGCGCUUAAGGAAAUCAUUGUUGAUACCAAAACUCAGCUACGUGUGGCCUACGAGCCACUUGAUUCUGAACAAUUAGAAUGGGCUGAAAUAGCAAAGGGUUACGCCAAACAGCAGCUGGAGCCGCUAGUACCUAACCACAUUAGCUUAUUUAUAUGCUAA